GCACAACCAAAUUAUACUAACUUGUCCCAAGCCUUACAAACACUUGCCCACGAAGUUACUUUCGUUCCAAAUAUGCCAAACGUGAACGUUGCAGACCAGUUAACAAUAAUUCAACGAUCACUCUCAAAUUUGACUGAUACAGUCACAAACUUGUCUGAUGCAGUCACAAACUUGUCUGAUGCAGUCACAAACUUGUCUGAUACAGUCACAAACUUGUCUGAUAAAGUCACAAACAUGUCUAAUAGAAUCGAUGGUUUGACCAUCACUAUUCAAACAACUGCGGAAAACACGGACACGCGAAAUCUAGCAAGAAUUUUUAACUCGCGCUUAUCCAGUCCAGACUUACAAUUGGAAAUAGUUCCGGACAUGGCUG